UUGAAAUAACUCCAAGGAAAUGGGAGUAUACACACAUACACAUAUGUAUAUGUAUAUAUAAUAUUUCAAGAAUAGUAACAUUGGAACGUGAUAUCAAUAUCUAGAAAAGUGAUAAUAAUAAGAAAAGAUUGCUUGCUUUGAAUAAAUAAAUAAUUAUAUUUUAAUGCCAAUAUGAUCACAAAGUUCUUUUUGGUCGGUCUAAUCUUAUUAUCUUUGACAAGAAUGUCAGUAGAAUCGCACUUAAAAUGUCGUUCACCAACAGAAAUCUUCUUAAUAAAAAAUUCCCGCAUAGAAUGCGUUUCAGUACCAAUAAAUGUGACAAAAAAUUAUGUUUCCUCGAACGGGAGAUCUUCAAUCGGGGCAUUAUCAGGAUUAGUGUUUUCUUGCGACAAUAACCUUUGGGAAAUGACAUUUAUCAAGAAUUAUCACAAUUUCAACAAUUUCUUGCAGGGUAACUCUAGUAUUUAUGUUACGCCGGAAUUUACAUCACAAAAGUCAGAAGAAAUAGAAGGAGUAAAGGUCCUAACAUGUCUCAAGGAACUGAAUUAUUCUUUGCAAAAAACAAACUACAACAAAGCAAUAGUCCUUCACUAUCUACAGAACGAUACAGUUGAUGUACCUUUUCGGCAAUUUAUAUUCGUUAGAAAAUGUUGCCCUCACCAUGCAGUUUUUGACACUCGCACGAAAGCCUGUGUUACCGGAUUAAACGUGUUAGAGAAACUUAAAUUAUUUUUGUUAAAUGGAUCGGAUGACACAAGACUAGCAGUUUCUACAGGUCCACCAGAAUGCGCAGAGCCUAUGAUCGAUUAUGAAAUUGACGCAAACGAUGUUUCUCUGCGAAAUAUUACAUUUUCGGUGAGCAAGGUAGCAUAUACUCAGGUGAUGGUUCCACGGCUAAGUAAUGAUUCAAUUACCAUCAAAAAGAAGUUUCUGGUUUCCAAACAUAACGGAUGUUUUGAAAUGGUACAGGAUUCUAAAUCUAAUCAAACAUUGAUAGCCCGUAUCUGUAGAGACCCGAAAUUCUGCGAUGUAAACGCUUGCAUCAGAAAAUGUUGUGCUAAAAAUACUUUUCCCUACAUUAUUGAUUCAAGCAUAGUGUGCAAGGAAGCUGAUAAAUUUUAUACCAACUUAUCAAUAAAUUUUCACAAGGCUUUUGCAAAUGCGUUAAAUCAAACGACUUUAUCCUCUUUCGACAUGAAUAAAGACUACGGAGUCUUAAUUGGACGUCUUGAUAGAUGUUUACAGAGCAGAAUUGUUAUAAGUCCAGGGGAGUUUGAAUGGUUCCUGACAUCAAAAGGAUAUGUUUAUGUUAAAAAUGUUAUUUAUAACACAAACUUGUAUUAUAGUGUGUAUAACCAAAAGAAGUAUUGUAUAGACGCCAUUUAUCAAUCCGAAGCCAAUUUUGAUUAUGUUUUUUAUUUAUUUAUAUGUACAAAUUCCGAAAUUACGGUACAGAUCCGGUAUGACGAAACAAUACUAAUAUUAAGGUGGCCCAAUCUAAUAAUCAUUAGUUGUGUCUGCCUAUUGUUGACUUUGCUGGUGUACGCAUGUUUGCCAAGUCUGCAGAAUCUUCAUGGUAAAUCGCUCAUGUGCUACUUGAUCAGCCUCCUUUUGACCUAUAUUGGCAUACUUGGGUUCGCUUUUAAUGGUGUAAUUCAGGAAGAAACGAUAACGAGCAGAACUUUAGAUUACAUGAUGAUAUUUUUUACACGAUCAGCGUUUUCCUGGCUUAAUGUCAUAUGUUUUGAUGUAUGGAGGACCUUCAGAGUUUUACGUAAUAAUACGAUUGAAGAAGUACGCAUGCAUAACAAAAAAUUUAUGUUAUAUUGUUUAUAUGCUUGGGGUUUUAAUUUCUUGAUGUUAAUCUUCGCCAUCGUUGUCGAUAAUACGAACGUCCUACCAUCUUAUCUGCAAAUAAACAUUAAUUUAUAUAGGCCUGUAGUUCGUACACGAUAUGGCAGCUUAAUUCAUUUUGAGGGACCGAUAUCAAUUAUGAUAAUAUCCAACAUAGUAUUCUUUAUUCUCACAUCAAGGUAUUACAAUAAAGUGAAAUCGGAGAUAAAAAUGGCAAAUACCGAUCCCACGAAUCCCAGAAGUAAACGAUUUUAUUUUGAACGCGAGAGAGUUGUCAUGAACAUUAAACUGUUCAUCGUCAUGGGAAUACCCUGGAUCUGGGAAACAGUGACUACCUCCAUAUUAUAUUUGGAUUUAUAUUUUGAUUACUGGAUAGUAAAUAUAUUGGAUGACAUUUUCGACGUCUUCAAUUCCCUCCAAGGUUUAACGAUCUUCGUUAUCUUCGUUUUAAAAGGAAGCGUGUAUGAAGAGCUUCGCAGGCGAUUAGGGUUAAAAAGAAAUUGAUGUGCAAUAUGGCUACGAUCUGCUCUUCGAGUCGGGAAAACUGCGAAUAGUAAUGCGUUAACGGCCUACAAGAUUAAUUUGAUAAACUAAGAUAAUUAUAUCUAAAUAAAAUCUGUAUUAUGAAUAAUUAAUAUCUUUGUUUUACUAUAUAUUCUUUACGUAGCUUCUACGUUUUGUUUAAUUUGUAAUUAUUUUAAAUACGUAUCUUUGUAAGCUGAAAUAAAUAAAACUUUUCUGCUAUAAACAUUUCAUUAUUAAAGUGUAUUCAAUAAUUAACGCAUUUUAAUAUAUAAUGUGUAAUAAUCUUAAAUAGACAAAAGAUAUCUUAGAUUUUUGUCAGAUCUCCGUUUUUUAGGUCUUGUAUUAUAUUUUUUGGAAAAGGAAAAAUGUAAUUUUUUUUAGGACAACAGAAAGCAUUACGAAUAUAAUAGACCGAGGCGACUCAAAUCACUUUUUUCUGUAAAUAUUUUCUAACAUGUUAUGACAUUAUAAUAAAAAAGAAAUUAGGACAGACAAGUGAAUGAAAAUUUUAAUUACAAUCCGUUUCGUGCAAGGUUAUUUGGAUUUAUAAUUUAAUAUUAUAGUCUAAUUGAUAUUAGACUAUAUUAGGUACAGGUUCCUUGCACAUAGUGCCUUUUUUAUCUUCUUUAAAAAGGUAAUUUUGUUUAGAUUUUGUUCAACGUCACUUAAUUAUAAAAUGUAAUAACAUUCAACUUAAUGUGAAAUCAAUUCUCCAAUAAAAAAAA